GUCACAGGUUUCAGGAACAAUCUGAGGGCCUACUCUCCUCCCCCAGCCCCAGUAGGAGCCAAAGCUUUAUUUGCCCUUUAGGCUAGCACCAAGAUAGCAAUGGAUCUUAAAACACAGGGCCCAGAGCGGGUUGGGCCCACUGACCUCCAUCAUCCAAUCAUUCAUACAGCAAAUAUUUACUGAGUGUUUUUAUUUGCCAGGCACUGCGCUAGACCCUGGCGAAACAUCAGGGAAUAAAACACGGUCCCUGCCCACAGUGCUUACAGCCUAGUGGGGGAUAGAGGCAAGUAACCAGGCAACUACAAUACAGUGAUAAGUACUAGGAUACAGAAGUACAGGGGGCUAUGGGAGCACAGAGGAGGGGCAUCUAGCCUAGAUAGGUGGAGAUGGGGAUGUCAACUUGAAAGCUGAGACCUGAGGGUAACUAGAGGAUAGCCAGGUAAAGAGUAGGGGGAAGAGCAUCUUGGGCAAAGAGGCCAACAUACGUGAAGGCCCUGAGUAGGAACAGGAAGGAAUUCAGCUUGGGAAGAAUGAAGGGGGAGUGGCUAGAGGAUGACUCUAGAGGUAAGGUGGUAGAUCAUGCUGAGCCUCUUCAGGCUGCUUACGGACUUUUGCCCUUUGUUCAAAGGAGCUGUGAAGCCUUAUCAGCAGACGUUUGACGACAGGGGAGUUUAGGACUGAGGAAAGAAGUCUUUGUGAGGCUUCAAAUAGUGUUAUACAGACCGGAGUUGCCUCAUAUUGAGUAGUCUCUUAGCCCUGGCCCCAUAUUCCAAAGCAAGGGUGAACCCUGUCUGAAGCUCAUUCACAAGCACCACAGCACCUGCGCUGGGUGCCAGAACUGAGGCAGAUUAGAAGUCAAGGCACUUCCCAGGGUCCCUGCUGCAUCCCGGUGUUGAGCCCAAAUCUGAACCUUGUGUGAUGCAAGAAAGCUCCCCAAUAGCACUUUGAUUUACUCAGGGACCGGGUACCAUCACCCUAUGCUCCUUGACCAAGGAAUGCUCCAGAUUUUUUCAGCAUUCUCCUCUACCUCUGGAAGGGUGCAGUUAUCUGACUGGAGCUUCAUUAUAGAGUGGGGUGGCCCCUCACUUUAUGGGCCACUGGGGCUUUUUCAACAUGAAAGGUACUGAGGUUCCAAGUGACUGGAGGCAGGACCUAUAAGCAGAGCUCAAACCCUGGUUCCAGCACUUUCUGCCUGAGUGAUCAGGGUUAAUGUCUGGGGAGCCAAGGGCCCUCAGUUAUUUCCGUUGCAAAACACGGCUAAUAAAAGAAGCUACCUAUUAAGAUUAUGUGUACUAAAGAAGAUAAUAUAUGUAAAGUGAUUCGUUAUGUGUCUGGCACAUAAUAAGCACUCAGUCCUUGUUAACUGUUAUACUUUUUAUUAUUUUCCACCGGGGCUGCUUUUCCACAAGGUGAUGAUUCUGAGAAUUGCUCUGGUCUUUGGAGGGUGGAAGGGAGUCGCUGGAUGGUCUGAACCAUAAUUUCCUCGCGAGGGGGCUCCUGAGAGAGAGCCAGGCACCUUGAGCCAAGUUAAGUCCCCCAUCUUUCUACCCCGUCAGCCCCUUCUCCCCAGAGCUCUGCGUACUGCCCUUCUACCCUGGGGCUCGUCCGCCGCCCAGAGAUCCGUGCUGAGGCACAGGCGAUCCCUGUCUCCCCCUGCUCAGCAGAGACCACAGUAGCAUAGUCCAUAGGAGCCCCCCCAGGAAAGCCUGGAAGGGCACCUCCAGGAGACAGCCCUUACCGGCUCCCAGAGUCCGAACACCCUGCUGUCCAGCUGCCUUUUCGUGACGGAGCGUCCGCCCAGUCCCUGAGACCCACUGCGCUGCCCUUUCCUGGAGCCGUCGGGAGCCAGAGGCAGCUGGCGGGGAUCGAGGAUCCGGGAUCCGGGAUCCUGCUCAAGGGUUCCCCAGCCCGACAGGGCUGGUGUGAGUGGCAGGUGCCAUCCGCGGGCACCAUGGCGAAGAGGGAGGACAGCCCUGGCCCAGAGGUCCAGCCAAUGGACAAGCAGUUCCUGGUGUGCAGCAUCUGCCUGGAUCGGUACCGGUGCCCCAAGGUUCUGCCCUGCCUGCACACCUUCUGUGAGAGAUGCCUCCAGAACUACAUCCCUGCCCAGAGCCUGACGCUGUCCUGUCCAGUGUGUCGGCAGACGUCCAUCCUCCCUGAGCAGGGCGUCUCUGCGCUGCAGAACAACUUCUUCAUCAGCAGCCUCAUGGAGGCCAUGCAGCAAGCACCUGAUGGGGCCCACGACCCCGAGGACCCCCACCCCCUCAGCGCAGUGGCUGGCCGCCCCCUCUCCUGCCCCAACCAUGAAGGCAAGACGAUGGAGUUUUACUGUGAGGCCUGUGAGACGGCCAUGUGCGGCGAGUGCCGCGCCGGCGAGCAUCGGGAGCACGGCACCGUGCUGCUGCGCGACGUGGUGGAGCAGCACAAGGCAGCCCUGCAGCGCCAGCUCGAGGCGGUGCGCGGCCGACUACCACAGCUGUCCGCUGCCAUCGCCUUAGUGGGGGGCAUCAACCAGCAGCUGCAGGAGCGCAAGGCAGAGGCCCUGGCCCAGAUCAGCGCAGCCUUCGAGGACCUGGAGCAAGCGCUGCAGCAGCGCAAGCAGGCCCUGGUCAGCGACCUGGAGGCCAUUUGUGGAGCCAAGCAGAAGGUGUUGCAGACCCAGUUAGACACACUGCGCCAGGGGCAGGAACACAUCGGCAGUAGCUGCAGCUUCGCUGAGCAGGCACUGCGCCUGGGCUCGGCCCCGGAGGUGUUGCUCGUGCGCAAGCACAUGCGAGAGCGGCUGGCGGCGUUGGCAGCACAGGCCUUCCCGGAGCGGCCCCACGAGAACGCGCAGCUGGAACUGGUCCUCGAGGUCGAUGGGCUGCGGCGAUCGGUGCUCAAUCUGGGUGCGCUGCUCACUACGAGCGCCACUGCACACGAGACGGUGGCCACUGGCGAGGGCCUGCGCCAGGCGCUGGUGGGCCAGCCCGCCUCUCUCACUGUCACUACCAAAGACAAGGAUGGGCGGCUGGUGCGCACAGGCAGCGCCGAGCUGCGCGCGGAGAUCACAGGCCCCGACGGCACACGCCUGCCGGUGCCCGUGGUGGACCACAAGAACGGCACGUACGAGCUGGUGUACACGGCGCGCUCCGAAGGCGAGCUGCUCCUCUCGGUGCUGCUCUAUGGACAGCCGGUGCGCGGCAGCCCCUUCCGCGUGAGGGCCCUGCGUCCUGGGGACCUGCCACCUUCCCCGGACGACGUCAAGCGCCGCGUCAAGUCCCCUGGCGGCCCGGGCAGCCACGUGCGCCAGAAGGCGGUGCGUAGGCCCAGCUCCAUGUACAGCACCGGCGGCAAACGGAAGGACAACCCCAUUGAGGACGAGCUCGUCUUCCGCGUUGGCAGUCGUGGAAGGGAGAAGGGUGAAUUCACCAAUUUACAGGGUGUGUCCGCAGCCAGCAGCGGCCGCAUAGUGGUAGCAGACAGCAACAACCAAUGUAUCCAGGUUUUCUCCAAUGAAGGCCAGUUCAAGUUCCGCUUUGGGGUCCGAGGACGCUCGCCUGGGCAGCUGCAGCGUCCCACAGGUGUGGCCGUGGACACCAAUGGAGACAUUAUCGUGGCAGACUAUGACAACCGUUGGGUCAGCAUCUUCUCCCCUGAGGGCAAGUUCAAGACCAAGCUUGGAGCUGGCCGCCUCAUGGGCCCCAAGGGAGUGGCUGUAGACCGGAACGGGCAUAUCAUUGUGGUCGACAACAAGUCCUGCUGCGUCUUUACCUUCCAGCCCAAUGGCAAGCUGGUUGGCCGUUUUGGGGGCCGCGGGGCCACCGACCGCCACUUUGCAGGGCCCCAUUUUGUGGCUGUGAACAACAAGAAUGAGAUUGUAGUGACGGAUUUCCAUAACCAUUCAGUGAAGGUGUACAGUGCCGACGGAGAGUUCCUCUUCAAGUUCGGCUCCCACGGCGAGGGCAAUGGGCAGUUCAAUGCCCCCACGGGAGUAGCCGUGGACUCCAAUGGAAACAUCAUCGUGGCUGACUGGGGCAACAGCCGCAUCCAGGUAUUCGACAGCUCUGGCUCCUUCCUGUCCUAUAUCAACACAUCUGCAGAGCCACUGUAUGGCCCGCAGGGCCUGGCACUGACCUCGGAUGGCCACGUGGUGGUGGCCGACGCGGGCAACCACUGCUUUAAGGCCUAUCGCUACCUCCAGUAGCUGCACGGGACCUGCCUGGCUCUUGGAGGGACGGACAUAGGGGUGAUUGGACAAGAUGGUCUGGCCAGGAGGUGGGCCAGACCUGGCAGCACUGAAUGUGGGCUGCGGGCGCGGGUGCGCCCGGUGCCCUCCCUCUCCCCCUUCCCAAC